AUGGGACUGAGCCCGGGCGCCCGCUGCUUCUUCCUGGUGCUGGCCCUGGCCCCGGGACCCGCCGGCGCCUGGCAGUGCCCCCGCAUCCCCCUCAGCUCCACCAGGAACUUCUCCGUGACCUACCCGCUGCCGGGCCUCGACGCCGGCAGCCCCGUGCAGAAUGUCGCCGUCUUCACCGACCCGACCGGCGCGGCUGCUGUCUUCGUGGCCGUCCGCAACCGCAUCCUGGUGGCCAGCGCCGAGCUGCAGCUCCUCUCCGUGCUGGUCACGGGCCCCGUGGGCAGCGCCCGCUGCGAGAUCUGCAGCCUGUGCCCGGCGGCGGACGCACCGGGCCUCGCCGACACCGACAACGUCAUCCUGCAGCUUGACCCGCUGGAGCCCUGGCUCUACAGCUGUGGCACGGCCCAGCACGGCCUGUGCUACCAGCACGAGCUGGAGGUGCGCGACGGCGAGGUGGCCAUUGCCGCCACGCGCUGCCUCUACUCGGCCGGGCGCAACGGCCCCGCCGGCUGCCCGGACUGCGUGGCCAGCCCCUUGGGCACCAGCGCCACCGUGGUGGCCGACCGCUACGCCUCCUUCUUCUACCUGGCCUCCACCAUCAACAGCAGCGUGGCGGCGCGCUACAGCCCCCAGUCGGUGUCCAUCCGCCGGCUGAAGGCCACCUUGGACGGCUUCGCGGACGGCCACCACUCGCUCACGGUGCGGCCGCCUUACCAGGACUCCUACCCCAUCCACUACGUGCACUCCUUCAGCGACGGCGACUACGUCUACUUCUUGACGGUGCAGCGCGAGAGCCCCCUGGCCAGGAGCUACCACACGCGGCUGGCCCGCCUGAGCACCCAGGAGCAGGACCUGCGGCGCUACCGCGAGCUCGUCCUCGACUGCCGCUACGAGUCCAAGCGGCGGCGGCGGCGGCGCGACGCCGAGGCCGGGGCCGAGCGCGAUGUGGCCUACAACGUGCUGCAGGCGGCCCACGCCGCCCGCCCCGGCGCCCGGCUGGCCCGCGACCUCAGCAUCAACGCCACGGAGCUGGUGCUCUUCGGCGCCUUCGCCGAGAGCCGCGCCGAGAGCCGGGCGCCGCGGGACUACUCGGCCGUGUGCGCCUUCCCCCUCCGCCUGCUCAACCGGGCCAUCGAGGACGGCAUGGACAAGUGCUGCGGGCUGAGCGCGCGGCCGCUGCUGCGCGGGCUCAGCUUCUACCAGCCCGAGGAGUACUGCCCGCACAACGUGAACCUCUCGGCGCCCGUGGUGGACACCAGCUGCUGGGAGCAGCCCACGCUGGUCCCGGCCACCUCGCACAAGGUGGACCUCUUCAACGGGCGCCUGGCCGGCGUCCUCCUCACCUCCAUCUUCGUCACGGCCCUGGGCAACGUCACCGUGGCCCACCUGGGCACGGCCGAGGGCCGCGUCUUGCAGAUGGUGCUCCAGCGCUCCAGCUCCUUCGUGGUCACCUUGGCCAACUUCUCCCUGGGCGAGCGGCAGCCGGUGCAGCGCGCCGUGGGGCUGCAGGGCCACUCGCUGCUCUUUGCCAGCGGCAACGAGGUGCGCCGCGUGAACGUCACGGGCCCCGGCUGCCGCCACUUCUCCACGUGCCAGCGCUGCCUGCGUGCCGAGCGCUUCAUGGGCUGCGGCUGGUGCGGGGCCGCGUGCGCCCGCCGCGAGGAGUGCGCGGGGCGCUGGAUCCAGGACCGCUGCCCGCCCGUGCUCACUGACUUCCACCCCCGGAGCGCCCCGCCGCGCGGCCGCACGCGCCUCACGCUCUGCGGCACCACCUUCCGCUCCCGCCUCGACCCCGACGCCGCCGCCAGCCCCGCCGGCACCUACCGGGUCACCGUGGGACGGCGCCCGUGCCAGGUGCUGCCCGACGAGAGCGGCAGCUACAGGCUGCUGCCCCCGUCGCGCCGCAAGGACUUCGUGGAGGUGCUGGUGUGUGUGCUGCAGCCGGGCGGCGAGGCGCCCGCGGGGCCGGCCCGCGUGCUGCUCAGCGUCGAGGAGCCCGCGGGGCCCACGGGCUUCCGCGUCAGCGGCUCCGCCGCCCUCGACGGCUUCACCUUCGUGGUGCCCAACGUGAGCUCCGUGCACCCGCCGUUCGGGCCGCGCGGCGGCGGCACCGCCGUCACCCUGCGCGGCGCCAACCUCACGGCGGGCAGCAGCUGGCGGGUGACGCUCAAUGGCACCGAGUGCCCUCUGGCUGAGGACCCCAGCCAGGGCGACGGUGCCAUCCGGUGCGUGGCUCCCCCUGCCCGUGGCCUCGGCGCGGCUUCCGUGCUCCUGUGGAUCGACGGGGAGCAGUUCCCGGCUCCGGAGCCCUUCCAGUACCGUCCCGACCCCUCCGUGCUGGCCAUCGCCCCCAACUGCAGCUAUGAGGGCUCCACGCUCACCCUCUUCGGGGAGCACCUGGACUCCGUGUACCGGGCCAAGAUCCGCUUCGAGGCCAGCGGCGUGAAGACCGAGGCGCAGCUGUGCCAGGCCCCGGGGGCACCCGACCGGCUGCUGUGCCCGAGCCCGGCCUUCCCCUUCGAGAACAAAGUGGAGACGGCGCCCGGGAACCUGAGCGUGCUGCUGGACGGCGCCGCCGGCCGCUGGCUCUUCCGCUUGCGCUACUACCCCCGGCCCGAGAUCUUCCCUUUCGAGCAUGAGGACAGGCGGUACCGCCUCAAGCCCGGCGACGACGAGAUCGAGAUCCACCAAUUCGGGCUGGACGCGCUGGCCACCUGCAUGAACAUCAGCAUGACGGUGGGCGGCCGCGACUGCCACCCCAACGUGCUGAAGAACGAGGUGACCUGCCGGCUGCCGCGGGAGCUGCGCCUGCCCCCGGACGGGGCGCCCGUGCAGAUCUGCGUCAACGGGGCCUGCACGGACCUGGGCUUGGUGCUGGCCACCUCCUCGCUGGACCUGAUGGCCAGCGUCGUCCUGGGCACCUGCGUCACCUUCCUGGUCCUCGGCGUGCUGCUGCUCGGGCUGCUGAAAUGGAAGUGGAAGAAGAAGCGGGGGACGGAGAACCUGGAGCUGCUGGUGAACCCGGGCAGGACGGAGCCCCCCGCCACCACCCAGCGCCCCGGCGUCGACUACAGGGAGGUGCUGGUGGUGCCUGUAGCCCCCAGCCCCGGCCGGGCCAGCCCCCGUGCCCGCUUCACCAGCGCCGGCGCCGCGGCCGGCGGCUCCCCCGUGCCCCUGCUCAGGGCCACGUCCUGCUGCCUGGAGGACCUGCGGCCGGAGCUGCUGGAGGAGGUGAAGGACAUCCUCAUCCCCGAGGAGCGGCUCGUCACCCACCGGCACCGGGUCAUCGGCAAAGGGCACUUCGGCAGCGUGUACCACGGCACGUACACGGACCCGCUGCUGGGAGCCGUCCACUGCGCCGUCAAGUCCCUGCACCGCAUCACGGACGUGGAGGAGGUGGAGGAGUUCCUGCGCGAGGGCAUCCUCAUGAAGAGCUUCCACCACCCGCAAGUGCUGUCGCUCAUCGGCGUGUGCCUGCCCCGCCGGGGGCUGCCCCUCGUCGUGCUGCCCUACAUGCGCCACGGGGACCUGCGGCACUUCAUCCGUGCCCAAGAGCGGAGCCCCACGGUGAAGGACCUCAUCGGCUUCGGGCUGCAGGUGGCCCUGGGCAUGGAGUACCUGGCGCAGAAGAAGUUCGUGCACAGGGACCUGGCUGCCAGGAACUGCAUGCUGGACGAGACCCUCACGGUGAAGGUGGCCGACUUCGGGCUGGCGCGCGACGUCUUCGACAAGGAGUACUACAGCGUGCGGCAGCACCGCCACGCCAAGCUGCCCGUCAAGUGGAUGGCCCUGGAGAGCCUGCAGACGCAGAAGUUCACCACCAAGUCGGACGUGUGGUCCUUCGGGGUGCUCGCGUGGGAGCUGCUGACGCGGGGGGCGCCGCCGUACGCUGAGGUGGACCCUUACGACAUCACCCGCUACCUGCUGCGCGGGCGGCGGCUGCCGCAGCCCGAGUCCUGCCCCGACGCGCUGUACGCGGUGAUGCUGAGCUGCUGGGCGCCCACGCCCGAGGAGCGACCCACCUUCUCCAUGCUGGUGGGCGAGCUGCAGCGCGUGCUGGCCUCGCUCGAGGGCGAGCGCUACGUCAACCUGGCCGUCACCUACGUGAACCUGGAGCGCGGCCCUCCCUUCCCGCCCGUGCCUCGUGCCCGCCGUGGGACGGCUGCCAGCGGGGAGGAGGAUGACAGCGAAGGGGAGGAGGAGGAGGAUGAAGAGGAGGAAGAGGACAUGGCCGAGUGCUAA